GCAGCCACAACAACCGCCACGUGCUCAACUCUGGGACCCGCUCAUUGGGCGCCAGCCUCUGCCGCCUACUCCCUUCGCCCGCCCCCGACCUCCCUCGUCUUCUUUCCACUGGCUAGGGAGACCAGCGACCCGCCCUCCAGCCCGGACGUCCUGCGCCGAUUGCCCGAGCAGGGCAGCGAGGCGGGACUCGGCGGCCGGUUAAAGAACGCGCUUCCAGGCCGGCCACGUGUGCCUCCAGGAGGCUCAAUGGCGUGGCGGGGGUUGACAGCCGAGUUCUUGCAGGUGCCGGCGGUGACGCGGACCUACACUGCGGCCUGCAUCCUCACCACUGCCGCCGUGCAGCUGGAACUCCUGAGUCCCUUCCAGCUCUACUUCAACCCGCAUCUCGUGUUCCGGAAGCUGCAGGUCUGGAGGCUCGUCACCAACUUCCUCUUCUUCGGACCCCUGGGGUUCAGCUUCUUCUUCCAUAUGCUCUUCGUGUUCCGGUACUGCCGCAUGCUGGAGGAGGGCUCCUUCCGGGGCCGCACGGCUGAUUUUGUCUUCAUGUUUCUCUUCGGGGGCUUCCUUAUGACCCUGCUGGGACUGCUGGGCAGCUUGUUCUUCCUGGGCCAGGCGCUCACAGCUAUGCUUGUGUACGUGUGGAGCCGCCGCAGCCCACAAGUGAGGGUCAACUUCUUCGGCCUGCUCACCUUCCAGGCGCCAUUCCUGCCCUGGGCACUCAUGGGCUUCUCGAUGUUGCUGGGCAACUCCAUCCUCGUGGACCUGCUCGGGAUCGCCGUGGGCCACAUCUAUUACUUCCUGGAGGAUGUCUUUCCCAACCAGCCAGGAGGCAAGCGGCUGCUGCUGACCCCUGGCUUCCUGAAGCUGCUACUGGAUACCCCUGAGGAGGACCCCAAUUACUUGCCCCUUCCUGAGGAGCAAGCAGAACCCCCACAGGGGCCACCCCCGCAGCAGCAGUGAGCCCACUGGCAGGUGCCAGCAGCUGAGCAACUGCUUGGAGGCCAAGCCUACCCAAAUAAACAAUGACCUGCAGCCUCA